UGUCGGCUACCCUAAACUCGUUCGGAAGACAGCGAUUAUUUAUCUCAAUUGACAUCUACACCAAUAUCGCUGCUUUUCAAGAUCAAUAAGCAACACACAACCAUCAGUACACUCACUCACCAUGGCAGAAACUAGUACACUUCUAUUAUCUGAGGCCCUCUCAUCGUUGCCUCCCGUUCCGUCUUCGCAUCAGAAACUCCGCUCUCAGACACGCUACACUAUCCUUGAUACCUCCUCACGAGCUCCAUUACUAGUCAUCCUCGAUGAUGACCCAACAGGAACACAAACAUGCCACGACAUCACCAUCUUAACAGUCUGGGAUGUUCAAAACCUCGUAUCGACAUUCAAGCAAGUUGGAACAGGCAAUGGCUUCUUCAUCCUCACCAAUUCACGCGCCCUUCAUCCCCAACAGGCGAGGGAGCUCAUGAUUGAGAUCUGCACCAAUUUGAGGACAGCUUCCCAAGAAACGAAUCUGCCUUAUGAGAUUGUGCUACGUGGUGACUCUAUCUUGAGAGGCCAUUUCCCUCUUGAGCCUGAAGCGGUUGAGCAUGUGAACGGAGCGUUCGAUGCGUGGAUUUUGUGCCCGUUCUUCCUUCAGGGCGGGCGAUACACUAUUAACGAUAUUCACUACGUGCAUGAGGGCGAUAAACUCAUUCCUGCCGCGGAAACACCUUUCGCGAAAGAUGCUACGUUUGGAUACAAGAGUUCUAACCUUCGAGAUUACGUCGUGGAGAAGUCGAAGGGAAAGAUUCCGCACGACAAUAUCGACUCCAUUGACCUGGACACUAUCCGUGUGGGUGGUCCCGAUGCUGUCCUGGAAAAGAUCAUGCAGCUCCCAAAGCGAAGCGAAACUCCGGUUGUGCUCGUCAUCAACGCGGCUGCAGAUGAAGAUAUCGACGUUGUAGUCACCGCUCUUCUACAGGCGUCGCAGCAAGGAAGGCGGUUCUUGUAUCGAACAGGUGCUGCCUUUGUCUCAGCACGUCUGGGAAUUUCGUCUAUUCCGCCUCUGUCCGCCGGACAACUCGGCUUAUCCAAGAGUGUCGGCGGUCUCAUCAUCGCAGGCUCAUAUGUACCCAAAACCACCGCACAGCUGGACUCUCUGGUUCAAAAAUCGGGAAAUAAUCUGACAACUAUUACUUUGAACGUCAAAGCACUACUCAAGUCUGAUGAAGCAGCGAAAGAGGAUGUUGCAAAGGCAAUCGAGCUUGCUUCACAGCAUAUCAAGAACGGGCAGGAUGUUCUGGUUAUGACCAGCCGAGAGCUCAUCGUCGGGAAAGAUGAGGUUGAGAGUCUGGAUAUUGGCUCAAAAAUUGCACUGGCACUGGUGUCAUUCCUACAGGGACUAGAGCAGAAGCCUCGAUAUAUCAUCGCGAAAGGAGGAAUAACUUCUUCGGAUAUGGCGACAAAGGGAUUGAGGAUGAAGCGUGCGCUUAUCGUUGGCCAAGCUGCACCUGGAGUUCCUAUGUGGAGAUGCGAUGAGCCGGAUUCCAAGUGGCCGGGUUUGAACUAUGUUGUUUUCCCUGGAAAUGUUGGUCAUAACGAUAGUUUGUACGAAGUCGUGAGGCAGUGGAGGGAGUUUGUGUAGUGUAGCUAUCACAAAUAGAACGCGGAAUAUGGUUGGUUUGCAUUGAAGAGAUGUAGGUGAUGUUUGCAUUGCGCGAGAUUCUUCUAUGGCUUUUCUUUAUUUUGCUGUCGC